UUCUCUAUUCGAGUUAAUACUUCUAAAUAAUAAAUACGAAGUUCUAAUACUAAUAAAAAUAUAAAGACUUAAGUCAAAUGUCAGUACUCAAUUUUCAUUUUUUAUUAAUCAGAAGUCUAUCUAGCUCACAAUGUUUUAUUGCAAAAUUAAUAAAUGUUACAUAGAUAUUUAUUGUGGAUAAUGUUUGAGAGUAAAAUGACAAAUAAUUUUUAAACGUUUUAUUUAUAGUCCCAAAUACUUAAAUAAAUAUAUAUUAUAAAAUGAUAGGCGUUUUAUAAUUUGCUUAUGAGUUAUCAUUCUUAAAUAAGGACAAUAAGAUGGAAAAGCAAAAAAAAAGUGAUGAAAUUAAACAAAAUUUAAAAGCUAAAAGUCCUACAAUUAAAUCAGCUUUACAGGAUUGUAGUAUACAAGAUAUUUCUAAUCCUCGUGGCUUAAAUCCAAUAAAAAAGGAAAAUCAUGGCAUGGAAGUAUUAAAAGUAUCAACUCCAAUUAAUCACCAAUCAAAAGCAUUAAAAAAAUUGAAUUUAUUAAGUAAUUUACAAUCAACACCAAAUACUCGGAAUUUUAACAAACCAGAAAUGGAUUCAAGAUUAAUUAUGAACCUCAGUCCAAUUAUGUCUACAUCAACUUUAAAACAAAACUUAUAUAAUCACAAAGAUAUUUAUCAACAUAAAUCACAUGCAGACAUUGAUUUUUCAUUAAAUCCAUUGAAAUACCAGAAUUCAUCAAAUCUUUGUAAAAGCCAUGAAUUAAACAAAUGGAAAAAAAACAAAACUUUGAUUGAACCAACUCAUAAAAGCAAUAUUAAUGAUUCAACAAUUUUACCUGAAAUUGCAAGACAAACAAACGAAGAUAAUAUUAAUGAAAAAGCUAAAAGGUGCUUAUUUGAAAAAGAUACAAAUAGUAUGUCUAAUUUGGAUACAGAUCAAGAUUCACUUAAUAUUUCUUUAGAUAUAUUAGAACAAGUGUGUCAAAUGUCAGAAAUUAUAGAUGAUAGUUUAACUGAGGAUGUAAAAAUAAGUGUUGAUACUGAUAAAAAGAAUAAAAAAUUAGCAUUUUUUCUUUAUGGCAAUAGCACAUCUAAACUUGAUGAUACGGAGGAAGAAAACAAAUUAUUACAAUUGGCAUUAAAUAUGGAAGAUAAUGUAUUGACUGAAUCUAGAUCAAAGAAUAAAUUAUGCUUUGAAGGAGAAUUUACCUCUCUAAAUCAAUUAAAAAAUAAAGAAACUAACUUAUCUAAAAAUGGAAGUGAACAAUCUAAAAGUAAUAAGUUUAACACAUAUAUAUGUGAUUCCAAGUGUAACUUUUUAGAUACUGAAGAUAUUAAUGAUAUUGGAAAUACACAGAUGUGUGAAAUAGCUGAUAUGACAGAACCAUUAGAAUCAUUUGAUGACCAGUGGUCACAACAGUAUACUAGUAAUGUAUCUAAUUUAAGCAAUAAAGUAAAAGAAAAUAAUUUUCAAAAAGAUGUUGAUGCAGUAAUAAGUACAUCAAUAGAUUUAAUUGAUCAUAAAGUAAAUAUAAAAAAAAAAAAAUUAUUAGAUAAUACAAAUGAAAGGCUAAAAAUAUUUCCAUCAAUCGUUAGAGAAGAACUUAAUGAAUUUCCAAUUCUGACUAAGGACAAUACCACAGGAAAUGAUAAUAUAUGUAAAGGUUUUUCAACUGCUGGAGGUAAAUCUAUUAAAAUAUCAGACACAGCCUUACAAAAAGUUCAAACCAUGUUAAAAGAUGAAUUAAAUGAAUCAUCAACAGUUAUUAAAGAUGUAGCCAAUACAAAAACUAAUACCUGUAAAGGUUUCUCAACUGCUGGAGGUAAAUCUAUUAAAAUAUCAGACUCAGCCUUACAAAAAGUUCAAACCAUGUUAAAAGAUGAAUUAAAUGAAUCAUCAACAGUUAUUAAAGAUGUAGCCAAUACAAAAACUAAUACCUGUAAAGGUUUCUCAACUGCUGGAGGUAAAUCUAUUAAAAUAUCAGACUCAGCCUUACAAAAAGUUCAAACCAUGUUAAAAGAUGAAUUAAAUGAAUCAUCAACAGUUAUUAAAGAUGUAGCCAAUACAAAAACUAAUACCUGUAAAGGUUUCUCAACUACUGGAGGUAAAUCUAUUAAAAUAUCAGACUCAGCCUUACAAAAAGUUCAAACCAUGUUAAAAGAUGAAUUAAAUGAAUCAUCAACAGUUAUUAAAGAUGUAGCCAAUACAAAAACUAAUACCUGUAAAGGUUUCUCAACUGCUGGAGGUAAAUCUAUUAAAAUAUCAGACUCAGCCUUACAAAAAGUUCAAACCAUGUUAAAAGAUGAAUUAAAUGAAUCAUCAACAGUUAUUAAAGAUGUAGCCAAUACAAAAACUAAUACCUGUAAAGGUUUCUCAACUGCUGGAGGUAAAUCUAUUAAAAUAUCAGACACAGCCUUACAAAAAGUUCAAACCAUGUUAAAAGAUGAAUUAAAUGAAUCAUCAACAGUUAUUAAAGAUGUAGCCAAUACAAAAACUAAUACCUGUAAAGGUUUCUCAACUGCUGGAGGUAAAUCUAUUAAAAUAUCAGACUCAGCCUUACAAAAAGUUCAAACCAUGUUAAAAGAUGAAUUAAAUGAAUCAUCAACAGUUAUUAAAGAUGUAGCCAAUACAAAAACUAAUACCUGUAAAGGUUUCUCAACUGCUGGAGGUAAAUCUAUUAAAAUAUCAGACUCAGCCUUACAAAAAGUUCAAACCAUGUUAAAAGAUGAAUUAAAUGAAUCAUCAACAGUUAUUAAAGAUGUAGCCAAUACAAAAACUAAUACCUGUAAAGGUUUCUCAACUGCUGGAGGUAAAUCUAUUAAAAUAUCAGACUCAGCCUUACAAAAAGUUCAAACUAUGUUAAAAGAUGAAUUAAAUGAAUCAUCAACAGUUAUUAAAGAUGUAGCCAAUACAAAAACUAAUACCUGUAAAGGUUUCUCAACUGCUGGAGGUAAAUCUAUUAAAAUAUCAGACACAGCCUUACAAAAAGUUCAAACCAUGUUAAAAGAUGAAAUAAAUGAAUCUGUAACUCAGAACAAUAUUAUUAUAAAUUCUAGUAUGUCUAAAGGUUUUUCUACUGCUAGUGGUAAAUAUAUUAAAGUAUCAGACGAGGCCUUAACAAAAGUUCAAACAAUAUUGAAAGAUGAAUGUUUAUUAUCAGUUACAAAUGAUAAGACUAAUACAAACUCUAACAUUUAUAAACAAUUAUUGAAUGCUGAAGAUAAAUCUAUUAGAGAAUUAGACAAAUCAUUACAAAAACAUCAAGUAACAUUUAAAGAUGAUACACAAUUAUUUGAUACUUCACUAAAAACAAUAGCCAUUUCAAGUGAUUAUAAUAAUUCUAACAAAGUCUUAAAAUCAACUAACAAUUCAAAAACUAAAUCAAACUGUUGUGAAAUUUUUAAACACGAAGAAGAAAGUACAUUUGAAGAUGAUUUGUCUUUAAUUAACACAGUUGAAAAGUUUGAAAGAGAUCAAAUUGUUUGUAAACCAAUACUAAGAAAUAAACGUCCAGGAAGUCCUAUAAAUAAAUAUGAAAUUGGUUAUAAGGUUAAAAAAACCGUACGUAAUGAACAAUGGGAAAUCGAUGAAUUAAAUAAUUCAUUUAGUGAUUACUUAUCAAAAAAAUUGAAUGGACCCAAAGUAUCAUUACCAGAAGUUGUUGAUUGGGUCUUACCAAAAAUAUUUACUACUAAAAAGUUUCCUGAAAAUGGUAUAGCAAAAGAACUAAUCAGAAUGAAUAUUGAUAAUGCUAUAAAUUUGAAGUUAUAUUGGGAAAAAAAUUAUAAAUUAUCUGAUGGCCAUAAAAAUAAAAUGUACAAUUUUCAAGAUAUAAAAUACUUUUUUUUAUCGCAUAAUUUUGUUGAUGACAAACUCGUUCCUAAUGGAUGGAUUGAAAACCAUUUUCGUUUUAUAGUCUGGAAAUUAGCUGCUACUGAAAUUUGUUUUCCUGGUCAUUUUGGAAACAAGUUAUUAACUGCAAAAAACAUAAUACACCAACUAUUAUAUAGAUAUUAUAGGGAAAUAGAAAAAUGUCAAAGAUCUGCAUUAAAAAAGAUAUUAGAAAAAGAUGAGACUACAUCAAAAAGGAUAGUUUUAUGUGUUUCAAAAGUUAAUAAAACAAAUUUAGCUGAAACUUAUAAUAUUGAGCUAACUGAUGGCUGGUAUAGUGUUCAAGGACUUAUUGAUCAUGAGAUGAAUAUGCUUUUACAUAAAGGUAUUGUAAAAGUUGGUACUAAACUUAUAAUAUACAAUGCAGAACUUAUUGGUGCUGGAGAAGGAAUUGAUCCAUUAGAUGUUAACAAUGAUGUAAAACUUAAGAUAUCGACAAACAGUACACGAAGAGUACGCUGGCAUGUCAAGUUAGGAUUCUAUAAAAAUUCUACAGUACCCAUACCUAUUAGAUUGGAAUCAGUUCUACCACACGGUGGAAUAAUUGGAUCUCUUUCACUUGUAAUACUGAGAAAGUACCCAAAAAUGUUUCUUGAAAAGAAAACAAAUUCAAAAUCUAUUUUUAGGAAUGAGAAAAUGGAAAUUAUUGAAGCAGAAAAAUAUAAAGCACACCAACAAAAGUCAUUAGAAAUAAUUUCAAAUAAGAUAAAAACUGAGUUAAUUGCCGAAAUAGCCUCUAAAACUAGUAUUUCAAGAAAAUACAUUUCAAGUAUGAAAAAAGAAAAUUUAGAUAAAUUAAGUAUAGAUGAAUUGAACAAUAUUUUAGAAAAUUCCACUGAUCCUUUGGAAAUCCAAUCAUUGCUCAGUUAUGAAAAAUUGGAAGCUCUUAAAGACUUUAAAAAAUCAGAGCAAGAAAGAUUCUAUAAUGAACUUCAAAAUAGGGUCAAUAGAGUAUUUAAUGAACAAUUUAAAGAUGCUCGCAAAGUCAUACCUAUGAUAAAGUUACGCGUUGUUGAUAAAAAAUAUGUUUCUACUGGCUUUAAAGCAGCUUUACUUACAAUUUGGAGUCCGUCAGAGGAUGUCACUGAUAUCUUGAACAAAUCUACUGAAGGUCAAUGUUGUACAUUCCACCAUAUUUCUACUAAUGGAUUUAUGAAUGGUGAACUACAAUUAUCAGCCAACAAAAAUACUCGUUUUGAUUUUCAAGGGUAUAAUAAUGAAUAUGCAAAACGUGAUGUUGUAAACUUUAAAAGUAUUUUGUCUGGUACAUUUUUACCACUAUUUGGUGAAUUAGAUUUUGUUGGUAUUGUAGUAUCAAUUGCUAAUAAAAACAAUGCUUAUAAUGAAAUCUACGUAUCAGACAAAGAAAUGAAUAUAAUCAGUAUUUUGUUCCGAGGCAAUAUUAAGGAAUAUGGUUAUGAUGACAUGAUGUAUCCAGGCAGUAUAAUAUCAGGAGUUAAUAUUCAAUUUAAAGGAUUCAAUAAUUUAUCUUCUAUACCUAAGUUAUAUAAUACAGAGCAAUCUUUAUUUACAACAAACCCUAAGACUGAUUAUAUUUUAAAAAAAUUUGAUGAAUAUAAAAUGUUUAUGAAAAAGCCUGAAAAUCAAGAUUUUUUGGUAUGCUGCCAAACUAAACUUAAUGAAAUUUGUAAUGGACAUGGAGAAACAACAACAAUAAAUAAUGAGCAAUGUUUAAAUAAAUCAAAAAAUGCAUUGCAUAGAUCUUAUGGUGAAUUACCUGUUACCGUUGUGAGAACUUCUAAUACAUCUCAAUCUGAAUUUUCUCCUGCUCAAAAAAGAAUAAAAAUGCUAAAUUCUUAUGGAAAAACACCACCAUUAAAUAUUGUUCACACUAAACCACCAGAUAAAAAACUGAUGGGUCAAUUUAAAACACCAACCCGAUUAUAAAUGUAUAUAUUUUAUAAGUUCAACUAUUAAUUUAAGUUAAAAUAGGUUGUUUGUAUGAUAAAUUUGUUGUUUAUUUUAUUUAAAAGUAGAAAUUAAUUAAAUUAUUAUGUGAAGUCAUUACUAAACUAUAUUAUGUGUUAUACUAAUUGAAAUAUAAAUAAAUAUAAAUAUUUUAAAAAUCAAAUUCUUAAUAUAAAUGAAA